AAGCUUGGUUCAAUACUCAGAGGAGACGUGAAAAAUUGUCUCCUCAAUGGAGGAUGACAGUGACCCUGAGCAGAGCUCCUGGGCUGAUCUACCUGAUGUCUGUCUGAGACAUGUCUUCCACUGGUUAGAUGACAAGGAUAGAUCUCGGGCUGCCUUGGUCUGUAAAAAAUGGAGUCAGGCCCUGUACUCAGGAUCCCUCUGGAGAACCAGAACCAUCACAUUCAGUGGUCAGCCAUCAAGGGCACACAUGUUUGAAUUUAAAACUGCACUGUGGUAUGUCAAGAAAUUUGGCAAGUAUUUGGAGCACCUUGAAAUCAAGUUACUGUAUCCUUACAAUACUGUCAUUACUCGAAAAUUUCAAGCAACUAUGAGAGGUCUUCUUUCACACUUGGGUAAAUGUAACAGUCGCCUCAUAUCCUUGAGCAUCAAGAACCUGGAAUUAGACCGCUUGGUCUGGAAAAACAUGGUCAGGGCUCAGUUUAUCAAGAACUUAGGUACCUUCCUGAAAAGAAUGAGCAAACAGCUUGAUUAUCUCAACUUAAAAGGAGCAAGAGUAACCUUGGAAGAAGGCUGUGGGCUUCUGAAUUCUCUGAGCUGCUUGACUAAUAAAAGCUUUAUAUCAGAAAUCAAUAUUGAGGAUUUCUUCAGUCUUCACCUUCCUGUCUACAGCAGCACGUUGUUCCACCAAACCAUGUCCAAGUUCCACAGCCUGGUUAUCCUGACUUUUAAUUAUAAUUGCAUCUCUGAUGAACUGCUGGACAUCCUGCGGGAGCACAGCGCUCAUUCCCUGUGCACCUUGAAUAUCAAAUGUCAUAUCCAUGACCCUCAUGGGCAAGUGGUCUGGGGAAUGUCAUGGGCCAACUUGGCCAAGAGAGCCCCAAAACUGAACGUCAACUUCUUCUUUGAAAGAGUUAUGAACCAUGAUCACCUAGCCAGGAUCCUGCUAGUGGAAAUCCCAGUCAGGAGCAUCAGUUUACGGAGCUGCUAUUUCAGUGAUGCAGACUGGAUGAUGAGACCUACCCUCACCAACCUCCUCCCAGCCUACUGGCAUGUGCUGCAGAAAUUAACACUUGAAGUAAACAAUGACCAUGAGGUGCUGGAUGAUGAGCUGCUACAGCUCGUCUUAUCAUGCAGGAGGUUGUUUUUUCUGAAAGUCUGGGCAUUUCUUAGUGUCACCUUUAUGGAGAGGCUGCUACAUAAUCGUGCAGAAAGGAAAUGCUUUUUGACUACCAUAAAGCCUCUGACUCUCAGCUAUCAUGCGCUCUGAACUGGAUUUCUGAGACUCUGUACUGGCACACUGCAUCUUGUUUGCGACAUUCCAUUCGGAAGGAUGAAACUUCGGUGGUGCUUGAAACAGUCUGGCCAUUG